AUGCAUAUUUCGGUUUCUGAUGCAGUACCAGCGCUUCCUUUUGAUAUCAUCACUGAGAUUUUGAGCUGGUUGCCUGUAGAUUCUUUGCUAAGGUUCAAGUGUGUGUGCAAAAAAUGGCGUUCCUUGCUUCUAGACUACAAUUUCAUUGCAAAACAUAUGGUUCGGGCAAGACCUCUGCAACUUUCCUAUCAAAAAGAAUGGGAACCUAACAAAUAUAAUACGAUUCUUUAUGAUGAAAACUUCAAGCAUAUUUCAGGUGUGGCUGGCUUGCUUCUGGAGGAGAGUCUUACUUCUCGAGUUUUCCGAAUCAGAAACUUUGCAACGCAUCAAGUACUUUACUUGCCUGAUGCACACGAGAAAACUAGAUCAGUGGGUUUUGUUUUUGAUUCAUCCACUGGUGAGUGUAAAGCGGCAUGUCUUCAUUGGAAACAGGAGGGUGACUCUGGCUAUGAAGUAGGCUUUAAAGUUCUAAGUAUCGGAAAGGAUGAUCGAUGGAGGACUCUGAAGCUGGCCAAGCAAAAUGGCAAACCGUUCGUGGGACGAUAUUUUACAGCAACUCAGGAAGAAGGGGCCGUUCAUGCGGUGGAAAUUAUUAGAGAUGGACAAGAUUUCAAGCUAGAAGUUCAAUCUCUUGAUAUAUGGAGUGAAUGUUUCACCAUUACCACUCUGCCCCGGGGAGCUUUCUUAGACUUGAAAAGAGUUACAAUUUUUCGUUGGAAUUACUAUGUAGCUGUUGCUGAUAUAGUAGAGGAAUCCCUUAACGUCUUGGUGUUGGAAGACUUCAAGGAACACAAAUGGAGGAAGAUCAUUGUUCCCUUGAAAUUCUUGAAGGACAAUCCAGGUUUAAAAGAUGAGAUUCGCCCUCAUCAAGUUUGGUUAAAUGACCUCCAGUUGCACAAUGCAGUGAAAAAGUAUAUUCUCGUGUAUGAUAUGGAAAGGAAGGUGAUCAAGGCGACGCAUACCAAGUCUACGGAGAAAAUAUAUGAAUUCCGAAAGCCAAGCCUGGUUACUCUCAAGGGAAUGAAGAAUGAAUACUAG